GAGAAGUCUUCCCUAGCAGUAGCUGUAGGAGAAAUGGAGAUGCAAUCUUACUACACCAAACUCUUGGGGGAGCUCAAUGAGCAACGGAAGAGGGACUUCUUCUGCGACUGCAGCAUCAUUGUGGAAGGGAGGAUUUUCAAGGCGCACAAGAACAUUCUCUUUGCCAACAGUGGUUAUUUCAGGGCCUUGCUGAUCCACUAUAUCCAAGACAGCGGACGGCACAGCACCGCUUCCUUGGACAUUGUGACCUCCGAGGCCUUCUCCAUCAUUCUGGACUUCCUUUAUUCGGGGAAGCUGGAUCUUUGUGGGGAAAAUGUGAUCGAGGUAAUGUCUGCGGCCAGUUAUCUGCAGAUGACCGACGUGGUCAACUUCUGCAAGACAUACAUCAGGUCAUCGCUGGACAUCUGUCGGAAAAUAGAGAGGGAGGCGGCCUUUUAUCAGGCCGACAGCGGGACUGCAAACCCCGCCAGGGAGGGCACGUCCUACAGCACAAAGAGCCAGUGUUCGGCUUCCGUCUCGUCCCUGCAGGAGAAGGAAAGGAUCCCAGACUGUCAACGAGACCCUCCCUGUGGGGAAUGCAGCAGCUGCCAUCCCAUCGAGCUCGUAGUGAGGGACCCUAUAAGCAGUGACUCAUUGGACGACACUAACUCUUCACUGCCCAAAGUAGUGGAACCAAAAGUGGAAUAUGAUGCAGACGAAGUGGAAGUCGAAGUGGGUGAACGGCUGCCACAGUACCCAACUCCGUUGACCAUCGAGCAGAUAGAGGAGGGGCUUCAUAGUGGCCAGGCGAUGGAUCUGGCCUGCAAUAAUUAUCACAUGAAGCAGUUCUUGGAAGCCUUGCUGCGCAAUAGCGCGGCCCAGAGAAAGGACGAUGUGGUCCAUCACUUUGUCCGAGGUUUUGAGGGCAGGCCGGAAGAUGCGGGCGUCCCCAUGAGCUCCAUGAUGGACAUUCAUAAUGACUGGUAUGGAGAAGAUACAGGCGAUGUUCUAGUUGUGCCGAUCAAGCUCCACAAAUGCCCGUUCUGCCCGUACACAGCCAAACAGAAAGGGAUUCUGAAGCGACACAUCCGCUCCCAUACAGGCGAGAGGCCAUAUCCUUGUGAGAUCUGUGGCAAACGCUUCACCCGUCAGGAACACCUCCGGAGCCAUGCUUUGAGUGUACAUCGCUCGAACAAGCCGAUAAUCUGCAAGGGCUGCAGAAGAACGUUUACAAGCAGCCUGUCCCAAGGACUGCGGCGGUUUGGCCUGUGUGACAGUUGCACUUGUGUCACAACCACACACGAGGAUUCGAUGCCCAUCAACCUCAGCCUGAUGGAGCCUUCUUCAGAAGGUCCGGAAAAAAGCGACCCAGACAACGACUGGCCCAUCUAUGUAGAAUCGGGGGAUGAGAAUGAUCCACCUGACGACGACGACGCUGAUCCAGAUCCUGAUGAAAAGCAGAGCCUACACCGAGAGGCACUUAUGUAGCACCAAAA